AUGGCACCAAAUGACGUAACAACCUUGAAAGCUUUGGAAACUGUCCACAGUAUCAAUCCAUCCCUCUUUCUUAGUGCAAGAAGAGAAGAAUUGAAAAAUCUCCAAAGAGAAGUGUUAUCAUCAUCAGGAAGUGCUCGUGUAUUUCAAAGGCUUCCUAGAUAUUCGAGAAGGAGGGCCAUGUCAAAAGUUCCUCACCUUCUACCAAGACAUUUACGUAAUGCAGCUAUUAGAGAAAUGACUCUUCCGAAACGAGUUAGACAAAGAAAAAGAAGAAAGGAUUUGAAAAGAAAACAACAUAGAAAAGAAUUUAUUGUUAAAUUACAUGAUUUACCGUCUCUCAAUAAUGAUCAAGAGAAAAAAUCAUUUAGACUCUCAACACAUUUAUAUCAUGCCAAGAGAAUGAAAAUGGACGAUAGAUGGGGAUUUAGAAUUGCUGUAGAACAUAUUACGGACAAAAUAUUUAGGAAUGGUUACAGAUAUAUGAGGAGACAUUGCACUCUUCAUGAAAGAAGUUACAUGAUUUGCUUGCAAAUUGAGUUUAAUUCAAGUGGAAAUGUGGAAAAACUUUUAAAAUCAAUGAUGCAAAUCCAUCAAGAAUCACAAUUACCAUUCCAUGAGGAUUAUUUGAUUGGAAAAAGAGAGGGAACUUUCGAAUGGUUGGAUGAUAGUAAUUUUACAAUUUCACCAGUGGAUUUUCUAGUAAAACCUUCUGAAUCAGCAAAUUGUGCUAAUACAAUUAUGAUAUGGCUCCAUCCAUCAACUCUUCCAGAGAGCUAUCAUCACUUGACAGAUAUAGUUACAAAAUUGAAUGGAAAAGUACACCACAGAAAUGAUCUUUCAAGAUUUGAAAUAAGAGGGCCAUUAACUAUGAAAACAAUUUCAAAUGUCAUUAGAAUUCACAUAGAAGAUACAAUUAAUGAACUAAGACAAAGAAAUGGCUCAGAUAGUGCAAUUAAAUCAAUAGUUAAUGAAUGGGAAAGAAUGAAGACAGACAUUCAAAUGGCAACGUCCCUCCCAUCAGAUAUGGUUCUAGGUUUCAUGGCAAAACAUCCAAUCUAUACAUCGUCAUUUAAUUCAACGUUUGAAGAUUACAAGAGAGAGUCUCGUUUAUUGGCAAACGCUGUCACACCAAACACAUCUUACACUUCUCCAAAUCAUGAAGAGAAUCUUAAUGCAUUACAAAAAAAGAUUAUGGUAAAUAUACCAAACCAAUUGAAUGAUAUUGGAUUAAUUUGGAGUCAUUCAGAAUGUAAAGAGAGAUAUCAUUUUCCAUAUUUAAGAAAAAAUAAGAGGACUAAAAAGUUGUAUACUCAAGGUGCAGAAGGUCCAAGGUCUUUCCCAGUUAUUUUGAUACAAAAAACGUCUAGUUUGAAUAGUGGAAGCACAAUGGGAGGUGGAUUUGAUAUUAUUUUACCAACAGUAGACGUUUCUGCUCAUGUUUGGUCGAAAUUGUCUGAACAAAAGAAUACUAUGGUUCUUCCACUUUUAGAUAGGAAUAGACUCUUACUAGAACAGGGUAAACGUGUAUUUCCAGAUGACUAUCCUUCCAGUCAAGCUUUUCAAAGAAUGGCAAUUGAAAAGGAAGAAUCAAUGGAAACAUUAAUUCAGAAUCUUUCUUGCCCUCUUCCUUCUUUCAGAUCUAUUCACAUUUUUGGUAUUUGGGGAGGAAGCUUGGCGCCUUUUGAUACCAUUCACUUGCCAACCAAUCCAACUCAAAUCAAAGAGCUACUGAAAAGAGCCAAACCAAAAUCUAAAAAGGGAGAACUAGAUACCAAGAUGCAUGCUAUACACAAUUCUCUCAUUGAUACAACUUGUAUUGGAUUUGUGACUUCUGCCAAUUAUUCACUUUUGCGAGGUAAAAAGUUUGGAAUUGGUUUCAUUACGGCCAAUUCAAGCCAACAACUUCCCUUCAUACCAGGGCAUCACCAAAACUUAAUUCUUAUCAAGAGAAAAGAAAAAUCCAAUGAAUACUUUUAUCCUUUUCAGGUUGCUGUUACCUCUAAAUAAAUAUUUUAGUUUAAUUUUAC